UGUUGAUUCAGCGUCGUCUGAUUUAUUGAAUCACCGUCAACUUUAUCUGGGCUUACGGUAGUAUCCCGGCUAAUUUGUUAGCGGAUGCUCAGCAACUGAGGCUAACUAACAUUAGCAACUAGGCGUUUAAGUUACCCGUUAACUAGAGAGCACUGGUGUUGUGUCGAGUUGCGUUUCCCGUUAGAGAUCUAUUUCCCCGUCGACUCCGCCCCGUUCAUCCGGUGAUAGAAGCGCGCGCUUGCUGCAAAUUCGCCCCCGACUUCGCCUUUUGGACGGGGCGGAGCUGAUGGGGAAGCGGUUCUUUAUGGGGGAACCACAGUUCGACAAAACACCGUGUUGCCUGACAAGCUAUGAUAGGUUAACGGUGUCUCUAAAUAAGCAUUGCCGUGUCUAUUUGUAACCGGUGAGCAGCGCUUUAACUCAAAUUAACCUCAACUUAUUGAGCUAAGACGUUGACACUGCAGUCUUCAGCUGGCUGAGUGGUGUUAAAAUAGCUUCGUAGCGUACGCUAACCGCAUCCCGGGCCCGAAGGUGUCCAAACUGUUAUUUUCUUCUUAUCAAAUGCUGUCCUGGAUGUUACGUUGCGUGCAGCACUUUUUACGUGUUGGAAAAGUUCCGUGAAAUCUUUUUGUCAUGUGUUGUCUAACGUAUCCAUUCCGUUAUUAUGAACUCAAGAUAGCUAAAGAUAAACAUCACUUCAGGUGUUUUAUUGACGUGUCAACUUGUUGGAUUAAUGUCGAUUAUUGUAGAGCUUUAAACGGCCCGAACCGAAUCAGAAGCGACGGUGUCGGAUUACAUAACUUGAUUUGUCUACUCACAUAAGAGAGACCACCUUACUUUGGCUCUACGUAAAGAACCAGAAGGGCUCAAGUUCAACACUGAGUAUGAUUCCCUGGCUGUGGUGGAGGUGAGGAAGCAUGGCGUGGAAAGCUGAGGUGUUGAGACAAACGUGAUGACAGCAUGGUCCAUGGUGGAGAAGCUCAAAAUGGAAAAACGCCCAUGCAGGGAGGAGAACAUUGACUCGAGAGAGGUCUGGCAUGCCGCUGAUGAGUCUGAGGAUGGGAGCAGCUCGGAGAGCGAGUCAGAGGAGCGCCAGCCGUGGAGGGCUCCGGUGAGCAGCAGCAGCGGCUGUAAGAGGAGGGAGCCCUUGGCUGUUACAAAACCCCACCGUCAGCUCUGCCGCUCCCCAUGCCUCGACCGGCCUAGCUUCUCCCAAAGUAGCACUGUGCAAGAUUUUCGAGAAGAGGACUCCAGCGCAACACCGGGCAUCAAACCUGCCAGUGAGAGGGAGUACCAAUCAAAGAUGGAGUUUGCUUUGAAGUUGGGUUACUCGGGAGAGCAGGUGGAGGCGGUGCUCGGCAAGUUGGGGGCUGCGGCGUUGAUCAACGAUGUCCUUGCUGAGUUGGUUCGGCUCGGAAACAAAGUGGAGCCGGAGACGCAACCUUGCAGCAGCACAGCCACGGUAAUACCGCGAUCCCCCUGUGUGAAGGAGAACGUUAGUCCGGACGUUUCAGUGGAAGACGACUCCGUGGAUACUUUUGAUAACCUCAGGCCCAUCGUCAUCGACGGUUCAAACGUGGCAAUGAGCCACGGGAACAAAGAGGUGUUCUCUUGCCGUGGUAUCCAGCUCGCUGUAGAGUGGUUUUUGGAGAAAAGACACAAAGACAUCACUGUGUUUGUCCCAGCCUGGAGAAAGGAGCAAUCAAGACCCGACGCCCUCAUCACAGACCAAGAAAUUUUGCGCAAACUUGAAAAGGAGAAGAUCCUGGUUUUCACCCCAUCUCGAAGAGUUCAGGGCAGAAGAGUGGUGUGCUAUGAUGAUCGCUUCAUAGUGAAGCUGGCGUUUGAUUCUGAUGGAAUUAUCGUGUCAAAUGACAACUACAGGGACCUUCAAAACGAGAAGCCAGAGUGGAAGAAGUUCAUAGAGGAGCGUCUCCUGAUGUAUUCAUUUGUUAAUGACAAGUUCAUGCCACCUGAUGAUCCAUUGGGAAGACAUGGGCCAAGCCUUGAAAAUUUCCUCCGCAAGCGACCCGUGGUUCCAGAGCACAAGAAGCAACCUUGCCCCUAUGGGAAAAAGUGCACAUACGGACAUAAGUGCAAGUACUACCACCCUGAGCGUGUGAACCAGCCGCUGCGGUCUGUGGCCGAUGAACUGCGAGCCUUUGCCAAAUUAUCUGCAGUCAAAACGAUGAGCGAGGGGGCUUUAGUUAAAUGUGGGAUAGGUCCAGCAGCUGUGAAGGGCGAGGGCAACUCUGAAGCCAAGCGUGUGGCACCCAAGCGCCAGUCCGAUCCUAGCAUUCGCUCGGUGGCUUGCGAACCUCCAGAGGCGCUCUCUGUUGUUAGGAAGUCUGAGACAAAUUCAGUGCCUUCCCUCGUGUCUGCUCUCAGCGUGCCCACCAUGCAGCCUGCCAAGAGCCACGCAGCUGGGGCCUUGAACACACGAUCUGCCAGCAGUCCAGUUCCAGGUUCUUUGCAGUUUGGACACAGUUCCCUGGAGCACAUGUCUAGUGUCCAGUAUCCCCCUAUUUUAGUUACCAACAGUCACGGCGCCUCAGUGACAUAUAGCGAACAGUUCCCAAAGUACGACUCUGUCAGCGAUCAUGGAUACUACUCACUCCACAGUGACUUUUCUAACAUGAGCAUGAGCAGCAUGCACAACGUAGACAGUUUCUGUAGCAUGGAGCACGAGCAUGUGUACCAGAGGAAUCCCAGCCACUGCCCUGAAUCCUGCCUCAGCCACUCCAACAGUGACUCCUUCUCCUCUUAUGGGGACAUGUACCCAAGCUCUGUGGACAGCAGCUUGGAGGAGAGCCUCAAAGGGCAACAGCAAGCUCCUGCACAGAGUAGGAUGCAGGCUUUCUCUCAAGGUUUUCGACACGAAGCGCUCUCUAGAGUUCAGAGUUAUGGACCCGAGGAGCCCAAACAGUGUCUCCGGAAGCAUCCUGGAUCUCAUCUGGCGCUGCAUAUUCAGCAUGCUGCAGUGGGAGCCCGGUCCAGCUGUCCCGGGGACUACCCACUCACUCAGAAUGUCCUUCCUCCCUUGUCCUCGCAGCCAACACGCUCUCUAGGUAUGACUCGCAUGGACAGCAUCUCGGACUCGAGGUUGUACGACAGCAACCCCAUGAGGCAGAGGCGACCGCCGCUGUGCCGCGAGCAGCACGCGAGCUGGGACCCUCUGCCUUGCGGGAACGAGUCUUUUGGAUAUCAUUCAUAUCCGCUCAGUAACAGCCUGAUGCCAUGUUGCGAGCGGGUGAUGGUCCGCAGCAUGCCAGACAAAAUGGAACAAAUCUGGAACUCGCCGUGGGAGACCCCAUCUGCAGCAGAACACCAAGAGCGGUAUGUUAUACCAGAUCACCAGUAUCAAACCUACAGGAACCUUUGUAACAUCUUUCCUGCCUACAUUGUCCACUCCGUCAUGGAGAAGAACCCACAUUUGACAGAUCCACAGCAACUGGCUGCUGUCAUUGUUACGAGACUGAAAUCAGGCCACUGAGCAGCUGUAGAUGUCUGACGAGGGACCGGAGGAAUCUGAUUAUUAAUUAGGCGCUUGUUUAAUGUUGCUGCAUGUGCAACACCCGCCCUCAGGAGCUACUCAUUCUGUCUCGUGUCUCUGCUGAGACCUGUAGUGUCCAGAUUGCAAAGAUGGCACAUAGAAAAAAUACAGAGGAUGUUUUAUAUGAAAUGUGUUGUAAAUUUGAUGCAAAGGGACACCUUGAUUUAUGUGUUUUAGAGAAGUCUUUCAUAACACAUUCGUGCAACCUGGACAGGAGCAUCUUUGCUCCUGUUCAUCAGAAGUGAACGUCUAAGUGUGCCUCAACUUUUGACCGACUGGAUACGAAGCUCUAUGGAGGUGCAUGUUCAGUAAAUAAUAAGAAUCAGCAAGCACAGGUGUAGAUUUUUAUAAAUUUGUUUUAAAAAAGCAGCAUUGACCUGAUGAUUGAAUUCCUCUGAACCCAAAGGUUCCUAGCUUAGAAAUCUAGACCAACCGUAUCGGUAACAAAAGGUUUAGCUCUGCAGGUCGGUCUCGCCACGUUCCAUUGUAGUCUCAGCAGCUCUACCAUUGGCUUCGGUAAGUUUAGGCCAAUCACAGUGCUCUGUGUUUGUAGGGAGAUGUUGGGCGGGCUUGGCACCACUACAGCUGAACUUUUGAAAAAAAGUUUACACUUACAGCAGAACUACAGCCGAGCAAAACAACGACUAACGAUGGCGGUGGCAAAGGAACGACGCUCGUUUAAAACGGCUUUGGCAUCAACGUUGGAUGAUGUAGACUUGGGUUUUUCUUAGACACAUGAGCAGAAAGAGGAACUUUUUUUUUCUUCUACUUCAACGCUGUAUGGCGUCGCUAUGAAUCCAUCAUGUUGUUUAUUGCUCAGAUUGGUCCUAGCGCUGUAGAUUCCAGCCCUACAGCUGAGCUCUGUGUAUGGGUCGUGGCCAGUUAGUGAUUACAGAUCUGAGUGAUUGAGCCCUGCUAAAGAAACAUCCUUUUGUGGAACUAUGGUGUAAUUUGUGGUUUUCACAAGAAACUUUUUUGUUUGAUUUAAUUUAAACAUUUUUAGAAUGCAGGCUCUAAUAUUUUGAGAUACAGAUUUAAAUUACUUGAUAACGAGACAUCUCCAUAAAAACUAAGAAGAAAAUCUCUCAAAGUAACUAUAGUUACACUUUUAAUGAACCCUGUGAAGGAUUUAAAAUCUUAACGUAAUCCUGAAUGUGUUUUUUUAAAGAGACAAUAUGUAGUUUUUACCUUUUAAUCGCUGAAAAAAUCCAUCGAAACGUUGAAAAUAACAAAAAUUAUGUCCAGUUGUUGAAAAAUAUUGUUGGCUUCAUACCAUAUAACCAUAAAAAUCAGGUCGAUGUUGCUUAGAGCGCAGGUCUAGCGUCUUUCGAGGAUGCCAUGUUUUAUUCUGGCCGGCUCAGGGUCCUGCGCCUGUUGAUGAUGUCACACUAGAUGAUUGGCUGGACGUACGACUAACGGAAGUUACGUUACCUCGCUCAAAAACAUCUAGGCAGUAAGAAACACAAAUUUAAUAACCAAACUAAUAAACUCUUUCCAAAACAUAAGUGAAAGAGAACAGAAUCGAAAAAGAGAUGCAAUAUAUUUUGGCCGAGUGGUACUGGCGUAGUAUGAUGACAUCAUUGGCAGGCGCAGGCCCCCGAGCAGAUCCGGAGAGUACAGCCCCUGAAAACUAAUAUCAGCAUCGCAUUCUCUCAGUGGAAUUAACUUAAGGACCAUCAAAGUCUGAGGACUCACGCCGAGGUCGCAUGCUUUCUGCUCCACAGGAAACAUUUACCAUAAUGUUUUUUAACUAGCGACACGGUGAUAUGGUGUAAAACUACCCUGAAAGGUACGCACUGCCCCCUAGCGCCUGCAAACUACACACUGCCACUUUAACCCUGAACUCCUUCAUGAGACAAAAAGAAUGAACUAAAAGCCACAUGACAGCACAGUCAAAAUAAAAUAAACAUUUAUCUUACAAAAUUCAACUGGUUGCCCUUUGUGCACCGUGUAGCUUUCCUAAGGAUCCUGUCCAGGUGGCGAGAACGUGAUCUGAAGGCCAUCUAAAGCGUAGCGAGUGCAGUGGACGUAUAGAUAGCCUUGCUUAGAUUUCCCUCUGCUGUAAAUAUCUGUUCUCCCCCCUUAUCUGUGUGGAUUUUUAUUGAAGUUUAGAUGGAGGUAGAAUAUACCUCACAGCAUGACAUAAUGGCCUUAUAUCUGAAUGACCUCACGCUUUAAUCACCGUCUGAUUGGUUCUAGUUUCUGUCCUCCUUUCAUAUGGAAAGCACCAUCUCAGUAUCUAUAGAGAUCUAUUUUCUCAGCCUCACUCGAGAAAGCUACUAUUUUGGUAGAAUUUGACUGUGCACAAAGCAAGCCAAACGGAGAUCUGACUUGUAGACACGUGCACGUACUUCUGUAAAUAUUCUCUCACAAAAAGCCAUUAUUUUAAAGUUAUCUAUAAGCUGCUAAAUAAUGCCAAAAAAGACCGAAUUUUAAUAGUUUCAGAAAUAUACAUAUUUAUGCUAAGUUAGUUAGGAUCAAUUGCUUCAUUGAGAAUUUCCCUUAUAUGUAUAUUUUCUGAUUUUAUUAGAUUCAGGACUUUAGCUGUUUCUAUAUUUGUCACAUCUGUUGUGCUGAUUGUUUUAAAAUAAUCCUAGUAGUAGAUGCAAGAGGGAAGGAAUUUAGAUUUAAAUUAAUUGCACUUGUGUGGUCUGAUUUGAUGCCUUUUAUUACAUUCAUCCUGAUGAUGUGUACGUUUUUGUAGCAGCGCUGCUGAACGAUAGAGUUGUUGAGGCCAAAAUCCGACCAUUUUCAUACCAGUGCACCAGGGAUAUUAGAAAGCAAGCAGCUGGAAUUGCUUGUUUUUGAUAAAAACUCACCAAGAGAUGGCGUGGUUGCCGGAUUGAUGUGUCGACAUGGUUCCUAAAGCUAUCUGCACGUAUCCAUAUCGUUGCAUAUCAAGCAGAAAGCAAAGUACAGGUCAGCCGAAAAGAGUGCAAAAGUUUUAUCAGCAUGGCCACUAGGUAAAGCUUUUCCAUCGUUAUUAUCUCAUUUGUCUGUGCUUGUUUCCCUUUAGAGGGUUAACUUAUUUAACUAGUUUGAAUGGGAAUAAAUGCAAAACUACUAAAAGUGCAAAAAUUCCAGUUGAUAUUCUGUAUGAAAUGAUUUGUUCUUUAAAAAUAAUUCAUUUUCAUGCCUUAACUCAUUCUCUCCACUUACCUGGUUUCUUAUGUGCAUGAGUCUGGUAAAACCUCCAGGUUUAGUGUUAUUCACCAGACGUAAGUCGUAAACACUCCACACCAUCACCGCUAAACGUUUGCACAAGAGCUCCCCGGAUCUGAUUUCUGAUUCUGGUCAGAUGCAGGAAUCGGCACCUGCAUGCUAAUAUUCUGUGAAGUUGGAGAAUUCAAAGCUAUUAAAGAAAUGAGUUUGCUUGCAGGCUAGAAACCAUAUUGGAGACAGAAUAUAAUUUCCUGUCAGGCUUUCUGUGGGCGGUCGGACUGCUGAAGUACACAAUAACACACACACACACACACACACACACACACACACACACACACACACACACACACACACACACACACACACACACACACACACACACAGCCAGUGAUGAGGUAACGGUGGAGGGAUUGGCUGUGCUUUUGCAGCACAUUGCUCUCAGGAUACUUUCAAUUUUCUAACUUUGAAUUUAUUCCUGCCAGAAUCUCGUGGUUACUGGCUACAGUGUACUCUGAUCUAUUAGUGACAUACUUUGAACUCCUACAUGUAACAUGUAGUACCUAAAAGUUAGCUAUGUAAAGUUGACAUCUAGAUUUGGCAUUGCAAAACUUUGUACUUCUGGUGUAUAUUCUUAUUUUUGCACCUUGGUAUAUUACACAGUGCAGUAUGAGGGUGAACUUAUGGUGUAACUUCACUUAGUGGAAUUUCUGCUGCUUAUUCACUAAAGUAUAUGAAGGUAAAAGGCAGAACCAAGUGAAGGACAGUUUGGUUUGACCGUAAAACUUUAGCAUUUAGCACGUUAGCAAACCCAGUGGAGCUGCACCAUGACAACUAACCCUCAUAGCAGACUCAUACUUUUACUUUGAAAGGGAAAUGCCACUUACCGGUAUUUUUUAUUAUUCAGGAUCAUUGACGUGCUGGAUUUGAUGUUUCACAGACUAUUUUUUGUAGCGUUUAACAUUAACCUGUUUUUAAAGAAAAAACUUAAGUACAUUAUUUAUUUGGGCAUUUUAUUAUCUUAAUAAAUUACUAAUAAAAAUUAACCAAUCAUGUUUUUGAUCCUGACAUUUGGAAGAAUUUUACAGACAUUUGAAGUGAGUGGUAUUACUCUUUAAUGAGGCUAGCUGUGUGAGUCUGCCUGUUUUAAUACUGGUGUUUGAAAUAUAUAUCUAUUUCUUUAUAAUGUUUAAGUAUAAUCGUGGUAUAUAAAGAAAAAAAAGCUGAAUGUGGUCCGCCCAAAUGAAUUUUGGGCUUUGCUGACUUUGUUUUUGUUUUCAUGGAAACAGACGAGGCCGCUUGAGGCUGGCCGUCUGUUCAUGAGAAGGUGAAACAAACUGCCUAAAUGUUUCUUCAUGUGAAACAAUCAGAUUGCAAGGCUGCUGUCAAGGUUGUUUCUGGCGUUUGGCUCAACAUUUGCGUGCUGUUCUUUCUCCGUGAGAUAGCAGAAUUAUCUGAAACAUUUUCUUAGCACCGCAUGUCAUCACUAAGAGGCUUGGUUUAAAAUGAAACAAUGAUCAACGCAGUAGCUGAUUAUAGUUGACAUCAUAUUUGUUCUGACUUAAAUCAGCCUGUUUUAAUAUGUAAAGGUCAGUUGCCCAGAUUAUCUUUGAUACAUUUAGAGAUGGUUCAGAUCUCUUCAUUUUAAUUUAGAGGGUUUCUUCUCUUUUAUAAAUCAGUCUUUGAAAAAAAUGUUGUGACUGGAUUGAUAAGCUAACAGCCAGUCUCAUCAAGGCCAGUGCUUUGCUGUUGCAUUUAAACAAAUAUGGAAACUUCCAUUGGUGUACGAGUACAGACUUUUAUACACCUUUAAAGGUCUCCUUCACUGAGAAACUGUUUCUUUUUAUAUAUUAAAAAUUUCAAGUUCAGUCAUUUUUUAAAAAUACAUUUGCAGUGGUCUCUUGUAUAAACAAAUGUCCUGUAAGUCGAUCUCUGUGUGGGGAAAAGCUCUGGUGCUCCUGUUUCAGGAAGUAAAAGUUAGAAGAGUGGGAGGUUAGCACAGCAGCUUUUGGGGUUUUGGGGCUUUUUUCCUGAUAUAUCUGGGCUCUGAUUGGCUUACAGCAACACAACUCUAUCACUGACUCCCUUUGCUCUGCAACAGUGAUGUUUUAUCUCCACAAAUAAGGCACGCCUGAAGGAGUUCUGCCUUGGUGCGGAGUUGCUAAUGCUAACAGUUAGCUUCUACUAUCCCAGACAUGCUUUGCUCUCUCCUAGACACCAAAUCAACAUCAGGAGCCAAGAUGUUUAACUCCAUGAAUGCUGGUUUACAGAGUGACGUAGAUCUGAGUGGCUUUUCUAAUCCCGUCUGUUUCCUAUCGGCAGCACGUCUUGGCUAGUAGAAGCUAACAAUUAGCAAUAGCAACCUCACAACAUGGCAGAACAUGUUCAUGUUUGUAGUUAUUUAUGGAGAUAAAACAUCAAUGUUGCAUUUUAUACUCAAGAGAGAAGAGCAAACAAAAACAGCAGAAGGGUUGCGUUGCUUGUAGCCAAUCAAAGGAGAGAUGUCUGCACGUUGUGAAUAACAAUGAGUAAAAUUCAUUAUCCAGCUAUCCUGCACUUCUCUACCAAACUUCUACCCCCGGAAUAGGAGUGUGAGGCUUUAAUUCUUAGAAGAAGAAGAAAAGAUCUUUUCUAUAGCGCCUCUCAAGAUAAAAAUCACGAGGCGCUUCACAAAAACAAAAAAUAUAAAAGAGAAUUUAGAAAAUGAUUAAAAAUAUAUUUAAAAUGAGCAAAAAUAGACAAUUGUGAUUAAAAAAUGUAAAGAAAAAGAGAGAGCGAAUAGGAAAGAGGGAAAUCAGUGGAUUCUGAGGAAGGUGGAAUAGGUAGGGAGAGCAGAACAAGGAGGGGGUGAUGAAGGUCACACCAAAACCAGCUUGAACAAGUGAGUUUCCAUCUCCUUUUUAAAGGAAUCCACUGAGUCCACACAGCAAAUUUAUUUAAAAUGAAUGACUGAAUGGAACCUUUAAGGUGCUGAAAUUUAGCUGUGGCCUCGGUGUGAUUAGCCGUUUGCUCGUCAGUCUGUUCAGAGCUAAUUUCAAAUGAGGCCAUUCAAAGAUCUGUCAGCAACGGUCAGCAAUAGCUAUAAUAUUAAUCAUCAUUAUCCAAACCCAAUCCAAAAGAUCUGACCUGUUCCUUUAAGUUGGUCCUUGUUUUUAAGUGCUAAAAGACGGUUUUCUCUGGGCAGCGGACCACUUCCAAAACAAAAAUAACUGACUGUCACUGCAAAAGCCUUUCAGUGCACCAGUGGAGAACAGUCCAGCCUGAACAGAGCCAGUGUAGUUUUACCCCUUUCUCCCUCUCUGUGCCGCAAACAACUAAGCCACUAAUGUCCAGAACUGACUUUUGCUUGUUGAUACAAAUUGUAUCUAUACCUUGAAUGUAACAAAAUAUGAAAUGUAUAUUCUGAAUAUAGUUUUAUUUUAAAUAAAGGGGGGAUGGGGAUCAAUGCCAUAAUGUUUGUGACACUGUGUGUCACUGGGAGUAGCCCACUGGUAUGUACGAACUCUUACUGGGUACAGUUGUUUAUUUUGCAAGGACAUUUUACGUGCUACUUAAAAAUGCACUGAUGCCCUGUGUACAGCAGUAAGCAUCAUGUCCUCUCUGUAAAUAGUCACACACGUGUGUGUACACAAAGAAUUACAACACUUUUGAGCUGUUCAUAUAUUCAGAUGAUUUAUGUGUCGUAACCCGUGCACCUCGGUUAUAUGCAUCUGUUCUGGACUGACGCGUCCGCUUUACGCUACUUUAAUGGGAGUUUUCAAUAUUUUUGGAUAUAUUUUGCCUAAUAAAACAUGCCAAAGUUGUUCUUGGGUGGCUGUGUCGAAUAUUGUUUAGGUGAUUCAACACACGGGUGGUCAUGUAAGGAAUUCUAUACAAGGGCAAAGCAUUUCUUAUCCACACUGUCUGCUGUGAGCAACUAAACGGCAAACACAAAUCCGUGAAUCAAAUCAGAUUUGUGCUGGAUGUUUGCUGCUCUGAGGAAACCAGGUGUUUUAAAACCAGGCGUUUACCAGAGCGUUCGGUUGUUGAUUUAAUGACUAACCCUUAAUGCUCACGAAGCACAGGUGUGUUGUAAUUUGUUUUACUAUAUUAUAUUAUUCACAGUGUAAUUUAAUAACUUUGGUAUCUGAGGCCAUUUUGCAUUAAACCCGUGUUCAUUUAAGAACCUCAGACUGGUGUUGUUGGUAUUUGGAGUGCGCUGUUGUUGGCUACAACCAAAAAAAAAACCCCAAAGUGAUUUCCGAUGUGCAAACAUUUACAUGCCUUUCGCGAUGAAAAUGGGUUCAAAAGUGUCUUGCAAAUUUGUGCUGCCGUAUGAAAUUGCUGUUUUGCAAAAUGCCGAGACGAGAGGUACACACACUUAAUAAUCAUGACUACAUAAGCAGUACACAGUGUAAUACUCAGGUUUAGUCACACACACAUUUGAACUCACUGACUUUAUUGUUUUCUAUGCUUGAGAAAGGCAGUGGUCACUUCUCUGAAGUGAGCGUCCUGGUUGAGCAGAUAACGGAGUCUGCUGUGUACAAAAAAAAGGGAACAGUAUAGCAAGUUUUUUUGUGUUGUUGUGAUGAUCUGCAGUAUUGUAAUCUACACUGACUGGAAAGUGUUGAUUUCAUAGACCAAAAUUUACAAAAAUAGACUAUUUGGGUCCAUGGACUCAAACAAAAUGUAAGUCUUAAUGACAAAACUGUGUUUCUCUCCGUAAAUAAAGCAAACUUCUGUUCAAA